AUGGCUACCCAGACGAUGAAGGCUGUCAACUACCAGGGCCCGUUCAAGGUCAAGGUUGAGGAGAUUGAGCUCCCCAAGCUGGAGCAUCCUGACGAUGUCAUUGUCAAGGUUACCACCGCCGCCAUUUGCGGUUCCGACUUGCACAUGUACGAGGGCCGAACAGCAGCAGAACCCGGCAUCACAUUCGGCCAUGAGAACAUGGGCAUCGUCGAGCAGCUCGGCGAGGGUGUCACCCUGCUCAAGAAGGGCGACCGGGUCGUUAUGCCCUUCAAUGUCGCUGACGGCCGCUGCCGCAACUGCGAGGAGGGUCGCACUGCCUUCUGCACCGGCGUCAACCCCGGCUUUGCCGGAGGUGCUUACGGUUACGUCGCCAUGGGCCCUUAUCGAGGUGGCCAGGCUCAGUACGUCCGAGUUCCCUAUGCUGAUUUCAAUGCCCUAAAGCUCCCUGCUGGCAAGGAGCACGAGGCCGACUUUAUCCUUCUGGCUGACAUCUUUCCCACCGGCUGGCACGGCGUGGAAAUCUCUGGUUUCCAGCCCGGCGAGAGCGUCGCAGUCUUUGGCGCUGGCCCCGUCGGCCUCAUGGCCGCCUACUCUGCCGUCCUCCGCGGUGCCUCGCGCGUCUUUGUUGUCGACCGCGUUCCCGAGCGUCUUCAGGCUGCUGAGAAGAUUGGCUGCACGCCCAUCGACUUCACCAAGGGUGAUGCAGUUGACUUGAUCAUCCAGAGCAACGGCGGAGAAGAGGUUGAUCGAUCAGUGGAUGCUGUUGGAUACCAGGCUGUCGGUAAGAGCGGUAACACUGAGCAGCCCAACAUUGUGCUCGAGAACAUGAUUCGCGUGACGAGGGCUUGCGGCGGUCUCGGUAUUCCAGGACUCUACGUCCCCAGUGAUCCUGGCGCUUCAGACGAGGCCUCUGCCAAGGGUAUGAUCAGCCUGAGCUUUGGCAAGCUCUUCGAGAAGGGUCUCUCCCUUGGAACUGGCCAGUGCAAUGUCAAAUCUUACAACCGCUACCUGCGUGACCUAAUCAUCGCCGGCCGGGCCAAGCCCAGCUUCGUCGUAUCACACGAGAUCAACAUUGACGACGCCGAGGUGGCAUACGAAAAGUUUGAUAAGCGUAUUGAUGGGUACACCAAGGUGCUCAUUCACCCCAACGGUGGCUUUUAA